AUGGAUCUUCAAGGCCACAUGGGUGAAAAGGGGUCUUGAGAUAAACUGUCAAAUGUUGCCCAAAAAUUUUGUAUUGUUAAGUGUGACAAACAAAACCAAAAAAUUUGAGCAUAGCCUUGAAAUCGAAAAAAGGCAUAAGCCAGCCACGAUUAACUAUUAGCCCAUUUUACUUGUACAUUGUAGCAGUACACACAUUUUGUAACUAAUAGUAAUAAACUUUUACAUGUAAAAUUUUGUACAUUUACAUGUAUUGUAAAUGUGUGGGGUCUUCUCUGGAAUGCAUUAGACCACAUUUUAGUGCAGUCCAACUUUAAAUAAAGGUCUUGUCUAAAGCAACCUGUUUAUUCUCUCUUUCCUAUUAAUACAUGUAUUUAUAGCAUUGACCGUGCUCACUACCCAGGGAAACUCAAUAAAUUUGUGGAAACUACAGAAUCUGUGAGUACCUCUGGUAACAUGAGCAAAGGAGAAGAUAUGGAUGCUUGCCUAGAGGAAGUAAAUAGGGACUCGAAAGUGUGGCAGCAUGGCAAGAUGGUUGCUCUUGACUGGCUCCGAAUUUUCAGAAAUCUUGGAAAUUUGAGCAAGGUUUGUUUACCUUUUUUACUUACAUGUGUGUACAUAUAUAUCUGUUAGCAGGCACCAGAUAAAAAAUGCCAUCUAUGUAAUCUGGUAGCUGCUAACAGGGGAAGUAGACAUGUGGACGUGUGUUUUCAUGCCGGAUGAUAAUAUUAUUUUAACUCUUGUAGGCCGGGACAUGACAUUUAUCUUGUAACAAAAAAAUAUUAAUUUUAUAAUCUUAGUCCCUGUUUGCUGGACUUUUCAUACACAUGUUGCAGAUGAAAUUGUAGCAAAUGGUGGGACCAUCUACAUGUAUUAGGGACACCUUUCUGUUGUAGAAUCACUGUGGCAUUUACUUUCAGAUAUUUUACAUUAAUAUUGAAAUGUUUAUAACAAUAUCACUAUAGGUGAGAAACUGGUUCUUCACCAUGGCUGGUUUACAAAACCCAAAAGAGGAAGCCAUAGAGUCUAGAAGAAAGUAUGACUUUGGAGAUGAAGUGCUUGCAUGGAGGAUAAAGCUUCGAAAAGAAAGGCAAGUUUCUGUACUAUUUCAAGUGCACCUCUUUGACCUUUAUUGCAGUGUAUGAUAUACGCUCCAAAUUUAGACCUAACAAUUUUUGCUAACAUGAUACACGGUAACUGCUAUUGCUUUGUAUGAGAAUAAAGUUGAAGUCAUUACCUCAGCUCACAGACUUUUGUCAUCUAAUUCCCAACAUUCCAAAGUUUGUUUUAUAUGAGAAACCAUAAUUAUUAUUAUGGUAUGGCAAAUUUCCCUGUAAUGCAUGUUGGCCAAAUCCUUCCCUGAUUUCCUACUACAGGUAUCUGGAGGGGAACUGUUCAGAGAAGCUAAUUUCCUUGGAUGGCCUUGAAUUGGAUAAGGAUCUCCCAAACGAUGAAGAAAUUUUGCAGAAUAACCGGAGAAGACUGCUCAGUGAACAUUUCAUUGAUCGCAAGAAGCGAACAGAGGUGGAGGUACAAAGACUUUAUGUAACUGUUCAAGAAAGAGCUGUAGCUGAAGGUAUAAAGAAUGCCACCAAGGAUGAAAUUCUGAAACGCAUUGGAGAUAAACUACAGCAGAUUUUUGAUGAAGAGGUAAGGGGACCUCUGUCUAGCAAGCUGGAAUAUUUUAAGGCCCACCCAUGUAAAGCCAAAAAGGAUGUACUGCUUGUAUUGUACAAUGACAUAAUUGAAGAGCUUCAGCACCUUGAAGCAGUUGACGAACAGUGUAUUGUGGAAGAUGAUGAAGAUGGAGAGGUUGACUGAUGAUAAUAUUGUAUAUUAUGAAGCUGUAAAAAUUGUGCUGAUCCAUAAAACAUCCAUACCUCCUCCACGGAAGGGAUUUUUUUAAAAUAAGAACCCAAGCCCCUAUAGAAAUUGAAAUUUAACUUCAUACAUUGUGUGGUUCCUGAAAAUAUCCACACCCAUCACAAGGAUGGUCACUGGAAAUUCCGAGGGGGAGGGGGAUCUCAAAAGUCAAAUUUUUAAAGGGAAAGUAUGAAGCAAAACUGGAAAUUCCAGGUAGGGUAGGAGGGUCUGAACCAUAAACCAUCCUUGGGGGUAUGGCUAUUUUCUGGACCCACACAUUUCUAUAGUUUUUUUGGUCUUUCAGGCCCCCAGGAGUUUCCAGUCCCUUCUGUGGUGGGAAUAUGGAUAUUUUCAGUAUCUUUUCAUUGAGUAGUAAAACAAAAUUGUGCUGCUUUUGUCAGAUUUUGUGUCGGAUAUCGACUCUAUUACACACUUAAAUGAAAUUUUGCAAACUGCUGGCAGGACUGUUAGCAGAAUCACAGUGGUUUUUUUUCUGCGUAUGUAUAUUCUAGAAUUUUAUCUCAAUAAUUUAUCUAUUUCUUUUAAAAUGUUUCACUUUGUUAAAUUUCGUGUAUGCAUGCACAUACUGUACCAAGGAAUGUUUCCCUGCCAUUGAGUUACAAUAGAAGGCUGCAUGAACAGUGAUAAAUAUAAUGUGGCCUAGAUUUUAAUCCAAGCUAAAAGUCACAUCAGUAGUAAUUUAAAUGGAUUUUUUCCUCGAGUUCAGUGUAAGGUUCUCCUGAUUACAAAUACAAAAAUUUAUAGGAAUGCACGGACGAGGGGUGAUGGUAUAACUGGGGGUACUUGUCAAACCUAAAACCACAAGACUUAUUUUACAACUUUUUAACAAAGAGCCCAGAGCAGUUGGUUAUGACAGGAAUGUUCCUGCUUAUCCAAAUAGGUACCUAGCUACUCGCUGAAAAGAUAUUCUUUUAACUUUCAGCGGUUUGUUUCAAAACUUGCAAUAACCAUUUACAUGUACAUCACUUUUAUAUGUGAGAUUCCACCCCUCCUCCUUUUAUGCAAUUAUUGGUAUACUACAACAGCCAUAAGUAAUUUAAUGGACUAUUUGCUUUUAAUCAAUGAUUGUUCAAUUGCUACAGUAGUUUUUUUUUUAAAAGUCAAUUCAAUUUGACAGAAACAAUAGCACAUACUGAGUUGCCUUGUAGAGCUAUGUAUUUUGACGGUUCAUAUAGCUUCAAUAAACAUUAACAAAACAUAACGUUCUGAUUGUUUUGGGAAAUGCCCAAAAGUUACCAGGAACAAUAACAAUUUAAUUAGCUGACGAGGGUCUUUGAUUGAUCAUCCAUACAGUAUCUGCUAUCACUCUUCCUCUCCAGCAACAAAGAUCUCUACGCUCUCGUCAGAAAUAAAUGAUAUUUUACUCUGUUUCUGGACGGUGGGUACGUCAUUUUUCUCUUUGUCGGUGAGUUGCGGCAUCGGUUUAUUCAACAAUAAUUCCUUAACAGGAGUUGGUAUCACAGCGUCAGGACUAUCACCAUAGUGCAACCUCUAUCUAGAAGGAGGGACGCGAGUCUCACCUCUCGUUGAUGAAUGCUCUAGAACGCCAGCCAAACGAUGAUCAAUAUUGAUAUGUUCAGGAGCAUCUUCGAGGGGUUCGAUUUCAGGGCGAUCAGGGUCUUUUGCAGUCUCCGGGGCAUCGUAUCUGUGCACGGCUCUGGUGGGCUUAAGUAUUCCUUUAUUAUUUGUUUCUAAAAGGCCCAAAGAACCGCCGACAAAACGCUGUCCCUUGUGAUCGAUUACAAUAAUUACUUCAGCCUUUGUCAUGGUGUGAAGAGCGUGACCCUUCUGAAAUAA